AAGGAGGAGGAGGAGGAGGAGGAGGAGGAGAAGGAGGAGGCUCCAUCCCAGCAAGCAGCAGAAAGAGGCGCAAGGAGGUGAAGUGUACGGGACAGAUCCCGUCCUCCCAGCUCCCUCCUGCUGACGCGGCGGCUGCAGGCGAGGCUGCCGUGCACGAGCCCCAGGGGACAUGGCAGUACGGCCAGCGAUGGGCAUGUGGCUGCUGCUGCUGCUGGUGGCCCCAGCGCGCUCAGCAGCACCCCGGCACGCCGCAGUGCUGGCUGAUGGCGGGGGCAGUGGGGACGGUGAGGAGGUCUCGGCCGCGCCGCCCAUCCACCGCGUGACGCCGGGGACCGGCCCGACGUUGGGGGAUGCGGCGGGGACCACAGUCACCAACAGCUCGGCGCCGGGUGGCAUGCUGGACGGGCUGGUGGACUUCUUCAAGGAAUACAUGCUGCUGGUGGUGGUGGUGGGCUCGCUGGCCUUCGUCCUCCUCUUCAUCAUCUGCGCCGCCGUCAUUGUCCGGCAGAAGCACAAGGCAUCCGCCUACUACCCCUCCUCCUUCCCCAAGAAGAAGUACGUGGACCAGCGAGACAAGGUCGGGGGGGCCCGGGCUUUUAGCGAGGUGCCCGAGAAAGCCCCCGACCCCAGUGCCGAGGAGCCCCUCGACUGCAGCCGGCAGCUGCAGGCAGACAUCCUCGCGGCUGCCCAGAACCUCAAAUCCCCCCCCAAGGCACCGCUGGCCAAUGGGACCCGGGGGGAGCAGAAACCCCCUGCCGAGGAGGAGGAGGAGGAGGAAGGAAGCAAAAAGUUAGGCGAUGAGCAAUCUGCUGAGCCCCCUCCCCAAAAUGCAGGUGCUGAGGAAGCAGCGGCUGCAACGGGAGCACGGGGAGAGGGGGCCCCCAACGCAGCCCAGGAUGGCUCCCCGGCCCCCCCCGGCAUCUAGGGCAGGGACCCGGUCCCUGGCGAGUUCCGGUAGCUGCCGGCUCAGGGGACGCCCCGCGGACACGCGAUGGACGUGGUGGUUUGUUGCUCCAUACGUACGUGGCGGCUCAAGAAAGCCCCGAUGAAGGCCCCCCCCGCUCCACACCCAAGACUCCCCCCGCCCCCAGGGCCCACUGACCCUUGCACCGGCGGGAUGCCAUGGCAAAGCCAUGACUUUUUUUUGGCAGGCGAUGUUUUUCCACAGUGCUGGAGUUACUGUCAGCCCCACUGCUCCAGCUGCCCAAGGAGCUUUUCCCACCCCCGGGCACUGGGUGGGUGCAUAUCCCCCCCGCCGAGCUCUGGCUCUGGCCCCCUCCAGUGCUGCGCCAGGCAGCCCUUGCUUGCUCUCUGCCACCCGUCACCAGCUUUCUCCCAAAUGUUAUUUUACUAAUUAGCAGCAUCCUGGUCUGUCUGGCCAGGAGCUGCAUCCCUCUGGGCAGAGGCAUGGGACCAUGGCUGGGGGGGGGGGGGGUCUGUGCAGUUGCCCCCCCACCCCCCCUGGGGAGUGGGGCAGGAGCUCGCCAUGACCUUGGGCACCAUGGGCUGGCUUUGCUGAUCGCUGUGGCCACCGAGGACGGGAUGACCUUGUCCAUCCUUGCCCAGCUAAUGGGAGAAGGGAAGAGGAUUUAGGGGCGAGGACCCACCCUUUCAUUUUUCCACCCCAAAGCCGUGAUCUGAGGGCAGCCCAGAGCCCAGCUGGACUUUUGCCUUAUUUUCUUAACUCCUUCAGCUAGUAAUAAAGAUGUUUCCUAUGCA